UCCAUUAAGUGGGGGGGGAGGGGGGGCAUGCUUGUCCUGUAUGAUGUAGGAGCUGCUGUUUGCUCACAUGGUUUGCAGGCAAUGCUUACAGAGAAGAAAGGGUUUGAAGCAGUGGAUGGAAAUGUGUGGUAUGCUCCAGCUCUACAUGCAUACAGUCUCUGCUUGAAUUCUGCCACCCUGUGGGCCUGUUCACGGUGCCCACAACCGAGGGAAAGGGAACACCUUCAGGUGAGCAGUGUCUGCAUUACUCUGGAAAAGGUUGCCUGAAGGCUAAAAGCAAGGGAUAUUUUCUAAACCAAAACUCUGUAUCUGAGUCAGUAAAUGGAAUGGAAUGGAAUGGAAUGGAAUGGAAUGGAAUGGAAUGGAAUGGAGGCUGUGAUGGCAGCAUUCAGCUCUGUGCUAAGGCUGGGCCCUGCCUCCUUUACUGGGUCCCCUUUUAUUCCUUUGGCAACAGCUGCAAACAGAAGUGUUACUGCAAGCUGGAGGGAGCAAACAAGAAGUGAAACAGUUUGUAAUUUCUAAGGUCCCAACCCUCCUGUGGCUCUGGCGUGGGAUCCUUGAGCACUUGUUGCUCUGGAAUGUGAAAAUCAGGCUGAGGUGGGGGUGACAGCAGUGCUGCUUCAGCCUGCCUUGUGCACCAAACCCUGAAGGCAGAGUAUUUAUUUCGAAUUUUCUAAGCGCAGCAAAGCAGCGGUGGCAGAGGGGAGGAAAAGCUCCGGCUGCGUGCAGCGAUCCGGUGGUAAGGAGAGAGAGCAGGACUGGGCUCCUUGCAGGCAGAGCUAAAACAUUUUGCCCCGCAGCCGGCUUCCCAUCGUGCCGCCUGCAGCCGCCCAGAAUCCCAGUCCCGUAAGGUGACGAGGAGGUGACGGCUGAGCCGCUGCCUCCUCCCCCCUUCCUGGCUGCUUCCAGCCAGCGCUGCUGGGAAAGGGACACAAGGCGUCCCGUUCAGCGCUUGCUUUUGCAAAUACCGGUGCAGGCACGGAGAGGCGGGCGGUGUUGCAGGAGCCGAGCAGAAGCAGGACGCAACAGCUUCUCCCCCUCGUUCCUUGCCGUCUCUCGAGGACCUGGGACUCGCUGCGUGAAGCCCAAAAGGUGCCCCAGCAUGGAGCUGCUCCUGCUGGCACUGGUGCUGGCUCUGGCACCGGGAGGGAUGACUGCAGCCCGCUGCCCUGCGGUCUGCGUCUGUGACAACCUCCGUGCACACGUCCUGUGCCUCAGCCAGAACCUGACAGCCAUACCUGACACCAUCCCCGAGCUCACCAAGCAGCUGGACCUGCGGGGCAACAGCUUCAAGGUGGUAACAGCCGGAGCCUUCCUCAGCACACCCUACCUCACACGCUUGGACCUGAGCAACAGCCAGCUGGAAAGGGUGGAGGAAGGGGCCUUCCGGGGGCUGGGGCGGCUGCUUCACCUCAACCUGGCCUCCAACAGCAUCGCUGUCCUCUACCAGGAAGCCCUGGACGGGCUGUCUUCCCUGCAGCAGCUCAUCCUGCGGCAGAACAACCUGGAGGAAAUGCAGCCGGGCGCUUUUAGCCGGCUGGAGUCCCUCACCCUCCUCGACCUGAGGGAGAACGCCUUGGUCUACCUCCCAGACAUGGUCUUUCAGGGCCUGCAGAGCCUCAGGUGGCUCCGGCUGUCUCAUAACGCCCUCCACGUGCUGGGCAGUGAAGCUUUCACGGCCCUGCCUGCCCUGCGCAGGCUCAGCCUGGACCACAACGAGCUGCAGGCGCUGCCCAGCGAGGCUCUGGCACGGCUGAGCGAGGCCACACGGCUGGAGCUGGGCCACAACCCCAUCACCUACCUGGCCGAGGAGGCCGUGGCCAUGGCCUCCCUCCAGCACCUCUCCCUGGAGCAUGCGGCCCUGCAGGACGUGGCACCUGAUGCCUUUUCCCGCAGCCCCCUGCUGAGGACGCUGGAUCUGGCACACAACCAGCUGCAGGGGCUCCCUGCCUUGGUGGGGGCCGGGGGGCUGGUGAGGAUCAGCCUGGCUGGGAACCCCCUGCUCUGCUCCUGCCUCCUGCUCCCCUUCCACCGCUGGAUGGGGCGGGCAAGAGUGCAGACAGAGGGGACCUGCGUGGCCCCCGCAGCCCUCCAGGGCCGACCCCUCGACUCCCUGAGGCCCUCUGAGAUGAAGUGCGGGGAGCCCCAGGUGCCCGUCCCCAAUCCCACCGUGCCCUCGGUGCAGACUGGGGGAACCACGAGUGGGCCAUGCCCCACGGGCUGCACCUGCUCCCCUGAAUUCCACCACGCAAACUGUGAGAACAGAGGCCUGAGGAAGAUCCCUCGUGGCUUCCCCACAGACACCCAGCUCCUCGACCUACGUCGAAAUGCCCUGGGCAUGGUGCCUGCAGGUGCCUUCCUGGGCCUGAAGGAACUGGUGUCCCUCCACCUGCAGAGCUGUGGUAUCGCAGAGCUGCACUCUGGGGCACUGCGGGGUCUGCCCAGCUUGGUCUACCUCUACCUCUCUGACAACCAGCUCAGCACCUUGGUGCCCGCUGCCUUUGAGGGGGUCCCACAGCUCGCCUACCUGCACCUGGAUCACAACGCCUUCACGCAGGUGCCCUCCGGUGCCUUCCAGCUCCUGCCCAACCUCUUCUCCCUCCACCUUCAGCACAAUGCCAUUGGGGAGCUGGCCAAAGGUGACCUGGCAGGGUUGGCGGGGCUGCGCUGGCUGAGCCUGGCUGGAAAUGUCAUCAGGAGCAUUGGCCCUGCUGCCCUGGCUGCCACAAAGAUGCUGGAGAAGCUGCACCUGGAGAGGAACUCCCUGGAGGAGGUGCCCACAUCAUCUUUGCAGCACCUGCCUGCCCUGACCAAACUGAAGCUGUCCCGAAACCCCAUCAAGCACAUCAGGGAUGGUGCCUUCCUGCCGGUGGCUGGGAGCCUGCAGCACCUCUAUCUGGACAACAUGGGGCUGGAGCAGAUUUCCCCCCGUGCCUUUGCUGGACUUGGACCCAAGAUCAAAAGCCUGCAUCUGGAGAGCAACAAAAUGAGCAGCAUUCCUAACAUGAGCAACUUCACAGGGCUGGAAAUCCUCAAUCUGAGGGAUGUGCCUUUCCACUGCGACUGCAGGCUGCUACCAUUGUACAGGUGGAUUGAGAAACUCAACUUGCGCACUGGGGCCACCUGCGCAUCCCCUGCAGAAGCCCAGGGGCAGAAGGUGAAGUUUUCCACCACUUUUCAAAACUGUCCUGGCUGGAGAGCCAGAGGAGCCAGUGCUGACAAGUCUAAGGCUGCAAGGAAACCCAGCAAGAAGAAGAGGUCAGAAAAACCACCAUCCAGAGGCUUCAGGAAAAACAAAGCUUAGGAAACGUAUGUGAAGUGCUACAGGGCUGUACCUACAACACGCUCAGAGCAGUUUCCUGGGCUUGUCCUCGCUGCAGCAACACAGAGCUUGUACAGGGUAUGAAGGAGAGAGCUUGGCCACAGUGGAGUGAUGCUGACCUGUCCUGGCCAAGUAUGACAGAUGCAAGGUUUGUCUUCGCAGACCACAGAGGCACAUUAUCCUGUAAAGGACUUGUGUGAAAGCUUCCGCAGUGUUUGCUAUGUGCUUUAUCUGACGACUCCAACAGCAAAGCCAUAUGCUUGCUUUACCUUCACAAGCCUUCAAGAGCCGAGCAGAAAAGCUGGAAUUCACAAAUGUUCUUUCUCCUUGACUGCUUUCAAAGGUUCAGAAAUGCUGAAACAGACUGGAAGCAGCUCUAGCAUCCCAUGCUGGCUCAAAUCUUAGAGGAGAAAACUUAAAAAUUUUCAUCAGAGAAAACACUGCCUGAAUUCCCAGCUGCUCCUUAGAAUUAAAACAAAAGCAGAUUGAAA